UAAAGGAACAUCAAAUUGUUACCUUUAAAUGGCUUUUAAAGAAUUAUGAUACAAAUCACAAGUUUUUAAAUGAAUUUUUGAAGGUAUUUUGUCAAAAAUAUGUAAAAUUGAUUGGUUCAGAGAUUUUUAUAACAUAUAUGAUAUAUGGUCAUUAUAAUGAUAAGAAUCAGGAAUAUCAAGUGUCAUUAUUGGAUGCCGAUCGCUUAAACCACUUACCCGAUAAUUAUGAAUUGAUAUCGAAAGACAUUUACGCCUUAUCCGACCACGAAAUAACGGAUUUCGACACCCUAUACAUCGUUGAUUAUCAGCCAUCGAAAGCUAAGGAAGAAGAUAUUAUAAACAAAUCCUUUAUUAGAGAUGAGAAGAUUAUUUAUACCAACGAAUCGCAAAUGAUACCUUCCUCGCCCGCAGAAACAAACUUGACGCAUAAUGUCAACAAGGAGAAACCAAAUCAUCUUGCCACAGAUUCAGCAAAAAACGACAAUGAUACGAUGUCCCAAGCUAACGAAUCACCUAUAUUUGAUAAAGAACCCGAAAACAAUUUCAAGCACUCGCGGCAAACUAUUCCCAACAAGGACAAGACGAAAAAGAAAAGCGCGCCAAAGAAUAAAUCAACAAAAGGCUCAAAUAAAUCUCAAAAAGCGAUUGUCGCUCACCCAACUUUCAGUUCUUCCGACGGCGAAGAAAUACUUCCAAAUAAAGAGAUCGAUGAUUCGCCGAAUAUGGAUCAAGUUCCGGCAAAAACGUCACCAAUCAAAGAACGCAAACGAGAAUUAAUAUCAAAAACAUACGUUAAUGAUAAAGGAUAUUUGGUAACGGAAAAGGUUUGGGAAUCUCAUGUAGGAACAAAAGAAAGUCCCGAUAUAAGCAAAAAAGAUGAAAAUAUUUUACCACCAAUCGAAAAUAAGAAUUCGACCAAGCACGUGAUUAGCGAUAAAAAGAAAAUCGCUACGAGCUCGUCCAAACCGAGUGCCAAAAAACAAGCCUCUAUGACCGAUUUUUUUUCAAGAAAGAAAUAAUCGCAACUGCGAAAAUUAUAUAAAAAUUUCGUGAUUAGAUUAAAUUUUAAUAUAUAUUUUUCUAAAUUUAUUUAUAAUAAAUAUAUAUUUGAGAAUAUGCGACACAUCCGAAUAAAUU